CUUUGCUCUGCCCUCUGCUUGUGAUGUGACCCCUGAGCCUGUGAGGCAGAGGGUGAAGCUUGUGCUUGCCUUGUUUGACUGGGUUGGUGGUUCAUUUGUCCGCCUAACAUCCUCGUACACUACGCCUAGUACAUCUAGCCCACGAGCACAGGUCCUCUAUUAUUGAUUAUAACGGGUCCAGAGGUGCAAGCAGUGGGAGGCAGGUCCUCGGGCUCCUAGGCAUCCUACAGCUGACCAACCAGCGAAUAAUAAGAACCCCCCUCGCUCUUAGUUCAAACUAAGCCCGCCUUAUUCUUCGUAACCACUAACAUUUUCCGCCGGCUGUCCUGCAGCCAUACAGCUCACAUUCAGAUGCAACCCUUUACCUUGGCUGUGCUAGAUUAUAGAAGCAUCUCCUGUACAACCGAGAUUGUAAAAUCUAACCUAACCCGCGUGUCCGUCAAAUGCCGUGCGGUACUUCACCCGUGCGGCGCUGUUGCCUACUAAGGCAACCGCGCUCCAUUCUUCCGCCGCGAUAGCUGUCCGUAACGCUGGCGCUCCUGGUACACGGCAACCGCAUUAAUAGUCGUGCACUCUCUUAGUGCUCUUCAGUAACCUGUCGCCGGGUUUCUCGGCUACCUCCGGUUUCCGAUACGCUUUCCUGCUACUGGUCACCUUUUUAGCGUCGUAAAGUUCAAAACAAGGCACCUUUUGCACAUUAACGGCCAAGGACAGAGCUGUAGUCUGAUCUUAUCUAUUUGAAACUCUUCCUGACUCUUCCUCUUCGUGUGCGUCAAAGGAAUUGGUUAAACCGUCCGUACCGCUGCGUCACCAUGGGGGCGAUGACGUCAUCUUUAGCGGCGAAAUUCGCCUUUUUUCCGCCAACCCCGCCGUCAUACGCGAUCGUGAAAGACCCGAGCACUGGACGGCUGCGAUUCGACAGCAUCGCGCCGCAGGACCACGUGGACGUGCUGCUGAUUGACACGCGGCGGAGACAGCAGGUGGCGGCGAUGUUCGUCCGCAAUCCCCGCGCGCGACUGACGCUGCUGUACUCGCACGGCAAUGCGGCUGACCUGGGACAGAUGCAUGACCUCUACGUGGAGCUCGCGCACAUUGCUGCGACCGUCGGAGGCGGACACGUACGCGACGUGGAGGCGGUGAUGACGUGUCUGCAGCAGCGAUACAGCAUCGGCGCGGAGCAGGUGGUGCUGUACGGGCAGAGCGUGGGCAGCGGGCCGACGGUGGACCUGGCGUCGCGCACGCCCAACGUGCGCGGCGUGGUGCUGCACAGCCCCAUCGCGCGCGGCACGUCGGACGAGGUGGUGGAUGUGUCGCACGGGCAGAUGCUGGUGGACGCGUGCAAGCGGCCGUUUGAACCGCUGUUCCUGGAGGGCGGGCACCACUGCGACCUGGAGUUCUUCCCCGAGUACCUGCGCUGCCUGCGCAAAUACAUCUCCUACCUCGUGCAGCACCCCCCCGUGCCACAGCCUGACCUGCCCAGGAAAGCCAAGAAGCGCCCUGGCUGGGGAACCCCCCUGACAGCCAUCCGGUCCUUCGUGACCCCCAACCGCCACCGCCACCCCUCCGGCACCGCCUCUGCUCCCGCCACGCCCGUGGGCUCCUUCUCCUCCUCCUCCUCCGCCUCGCCCCACCUCCAACGGGAACGCGUCCCCUGCUGCUUCCCUCUCUGCCGACGACUCCUCCUCGUCCUCUGCGGCUCCCAACCCGCGCACGCGGUCGUGGAAGCUCAGGGCGCUGUCACCUGCGUUUCGGUUCUCCCCGUCCACGUGGCGGGAUGCACGGAGGAAGAAGGGCGAGGAGGGAGGAGAGGAGGGGCAAGGGCGGAGCAGGAGGCGCUAGGAGUAGCAGGAGUGUCGCAGGGUAAAGCGCCUGGUGGUGCAGCCAGUGCUGCUGCUGCUUCGGCUGCUGCUGCUGUGGCAGCUCCUGCUGUGAAUGGUCAGGCAGGUGAAGGAAAUUCGUCAGCAGCAGCUGCUGCUGGUGGUGUUGCGAAUACAGGGCACACAGUAGCAGCGCCGGAAGUUGCUGCAAUGGCUGGGGAAGUGGGGUCCAGCCAAUGAGGAGACCAUUGGGAGUCAGUCUGUUGAGGGCGGCUGGGCGGCUGGGUGGCUGGAUUGGUUUGGUGUCGAGUUUGUGAGGUGGAUUGCUGUUGGGGAAGCCAGAAGCCAGAAGUAAGAAGCAAGAAGUCUGACUGGCUGAUACGCAGA